CAAGACUUUCACUUUCGCUCUUAAGAGCGCACUUUAGGCAGGACUUCUGCAUUUAAGUUGUCGGUGAGGUCUGUUUUUUCUUUAACUUUUAUAAGUUUCAUCACAUUAUCAAGUUAUACUGUAACAGUAUUGUGAAUUCAAUUAAAUCUUAGCCGCUUGAGCUGCAUCAGAAUAAAAAUUAAUUUGUUUGCAAGGUGGAGUGACGUGAUUAAAACUACUCGGACGGCUUUGUGCACAUGUAGACGUGUGGAGCGUUUUGUUGGUUCUUUUAGGCUGUGACACAGUUUGUGUUUGAAGAUGGAAACAGGGGUUAAGAUGCACAUGAAAGAGUGGCUCAUAGCUCAGAUCGAGAGUGGUAAAUAUGAAGGACUGUGCUGGGAAGAUGAGGACAAAACUAUGUUCAGGAUCCCCUGGAAACACGCAGCCAAGAAGGACUACAAACAGACGGCGGAUGCAGCUCUCUUCAAGGCCUGGGCUGUGUACAAAGGCAAAUACAGGGAGGGGAGGGAUAAAGCAGACCCCACCAUGUGGAAGACCCGUCUUCGCUGUGCACUCAACAAGAGCACAGAUUUCCAGGAGGUCCCUGAACGCAAUCAGCUGGACAUCACAGAACCUUAUAAAGUCUACCUUAUCCAUCACGACAAUGUCUCAGCCAGGCCAGCAGAGCCUCCACAGACAAAGGAUCAAGUGAUCAUCCAGGCUAAGAGGUCUCCGAAGAGCACUGGUUUUCCAGACAAACAGCUUCAUUCUCAAAAGGAAUCAUUUCAAGUGAGUAAAGAAGAAAGAAAACCGUUGACUGAUGAUCUGAUGAGGGAGCACAUGUAUUGUGAGCUGAUAGGACAAAAACCGCAAACUCCUCCUAUAACCUUCAUCAGCCCUACACUUACUAUAUCAGAACUUCGUAUGCAGGUGACGUUGUUGUACCAGGGCCAGAGGGUGAUGAAAGUGACCACCAGGAGCCCUGAUGGGUGCUUCAUCAUGCAGGGCUGUGUCCCCCUGGGAAAUGAACGUAUCUACGGGCCCUGUACGGCCGAGCAGCUCUCCUUCCCUUCCCCAAGCUCCGUAUCCCUGCCGACAUGCAUGGCUGAGGCAAUGAACCGCCUUCUUUGUCAUCUGGAGAGGGGUGUGCUAUUAUGGGUGGCCCCAGAUGGGGUGUUUAUCAAGCGAUUCUGCCAGGGCAGGGUGUACUGGAGCGGUCCCAUGGCCCAACACACUGACCGGCCCAACAAACUGGAGCGAGAAAAGACCUUCAAACUUCUUGAUAUACCUGCAUUUCUUAACGAGCUGCAGAGCUGUUUACAGGGGAAGGGCGCUACACCUUCUUAUAAGAUUGAGCUCUGCUUUGGAGAGGAGUAUCCAGACCCCAACGUACCUAAAACCAGAAAGCUGGUCAUGGCGCAGGUGGUGCCCUUGUUUGCGGUGGAACUGCUGCAGAGGUUCAACUUGGGAGAGACUGAGGAGAAACGGCCAGUUCUCACCUCCAGCACAGAAGGAGAGAAGAUGUAGUCAGACGAAGAACAAUACCCUGCACAAGGGUAGCCGUGAACAAUAUAAUGGUGGACUACUGAAGCUUCAUUCUUUUUUUGUCAUUAUGAUGAAAGAAGAGCAGAGUAAAAAACACCGUCAGUGGAGAUGUAUAUAUGUUGGGAAAACAAUGGAGAUGCUGCAUUAUAGCCCUAUUUACAAUGAAUAAAACAAAAGUAAUCACCUUUA